ACACUCUCUAUAUUCCACCAAAAAGUCAAUUUCUCUAUUUUUGCAUGUUAAUUCUCCUAUUUAUAUUGGACUCUUUCCUUACUUUAUUCUCGUGCCACCCUUUCAUCUCUUCGCUCCUAAUAAGGAAAUUUCCUCUUCUUCUUUUCUAUCUAUUAUUAACUUCCUUUUCGUUCAAGUCUGAAAGAAACUAUCAAUGGCUGCCAUUGAGUACUCUACCAAUGAGAUUGCAAUAAAGGUUAAUGAAGAAAUCAUUAGCCCUAGACAAGUGGAAACUGUGAAUGAAAAUGAGAAUACAGAUGGAAAAAAGAUCAAGACGAGAAAUUAUCUAAUCAAGAAGAAGUCAGGAGGAUGGAGAUUUGCCAGUCUCUUGCUUGUGAAUCAAGGCCUAGCAACAUUAGCUUUCUUUGGAGUAGGUGUGAACUUGGUGUUGUUCUUAACCAGGGUUCUAGACCAAGAAAAUGCUGAUGCUGCCAAUAAUGUUAGCAAGUGGACUGGAACUGUUUAUCUCUGCUCUCUGCUCGGAGCAUUCCUUAGUGAUUCAUACUGGGGUCGUUACUUGACAUGUGCUGUCUUUCAGCUGAUACUCGUGCUGGGUUUGGGCUUACUAUCACUUGCUUCUUGGCUUUUCUUGAUAAAUCCUGCGGGUUGUGGUGAUGGAAUAAAACUCUGCAAGCCUUCAUCAUCAAUUGGUGUCGGUAUUUUCUACUUGUCAAUAUAUCUUAUAGCCUUUGGAUACGGUGGGCAUCAACCAACCAUAGCCACUUUUGGAGCAGAUCAGUUUGAUGAUUCACAUCCGAAUGCAGCAGACUCAAAAGCUACAUUCUUUUGUUACUUCUACUUUGCACUUAACGUCGGGUCUCUAUUUUCAAACACUAUACUGGUUUACUAUGAAGAUUCAGGAAAAUGGACGCUAGGCUUCUUGGUUUCCUUAGGUUCUGCAAUAAUAGCCCUAUUAUUGUAUUUGUUGGGGACAUCAAGAUAUAGGUAUAUAAAACCAUGUGGCAAUCCACUGCCACGCGUUGGUCAAGUAUUCCUUGCUGCAUAUAGGAAGUGGGAUGUUGUGCCAGCCACUGCUGAUGCCUUGUAUGAGGUGGAGGGAACAGAAUCUGCAAUCAAAGGGAGCAGAAAAAUUCUCCACAGUGAUGAUUUCAAGUUCCUGGACAAGGCGGCUACAAUAACACAGAAUGAUUUGUGUGGACCAAAGGAUCCAUGGAGGCUUUGCACUGUUACUCAAGUUGAAGAAGCCAAAUGUGUCCUAAAAAUGUUACCCAUUUGGCUCUGUACUAUAAUUUACUCUGUCAUCUUCACGCAAAUGGCAUCCCUUUUUGUGGAGCAAGGAGACGUAAUGGCUUCCAAACUUGGAGACUUCCACCUUCCAGCUGCCAGCAUGUCUGCUUUCGAUAUUUGCAGCGUUCUCAUUUGCACGGGAAUCUAUCGUCAAAUCCUGGUGCCCUUGGCUGGAAGAUUAAGCGGUAACCCCAAGGGAUUGACUGAGCUUCAAAGAAUGGGCAUUGGACUCAUUAUUGGAAUGAUUGCAAUGUUUGCAGCCGGUGUCACUGAGAUACAAAGACUCAAAUUCGUCACCCCCGGUGAGAAGAAAAGUUCUUUAAGCAUAUUUUGGCAAAUACCACAAUAUGUUUUUGUUGGUGCAUCUGAAGUUUUCAUGUACGUUGGUCAAUUGGAGUUCUUCAAUGGACAAGCUCCGGAUGGUAUUAAAAGCUUUGGAAGCUCCCUUUGCAUGGCUUCCAUUUCUCUUGGCAACUAUGUUAGCAGUUUAUUAGUUAACAUGGUUAUGGGGAUUACAGCAAGAGGUGACAGUCCUGGUUGGAUCCCAGCUGACCUGAACGCAGGCCAUAUGGACAGGUUCUACUUCCUCAUCGCAGGUCUAACUGCUCUUGAUUUUAUAAUAUAUGUGUUUUGUGCCAAAUGGUACAAGUGCAUCAACCUUGAUAUCAGCGAGAAGGAAAUUCAAUUGGAAGAACAACAAAAACAGAUGCUUGGAAAAGUUUAAUUUGUGUAUCACUUUUUAAAACUUAAGAUACAUCGAAUUAUCGACUUUUGGAAAGAAUCCAUUUCCAAACGGGAGGCAUGACCUUUACCUUACCUGCAUGCUUGCCUCCUUGGUAUGGUAGGACUUUCGUUUUCAAUGUGAUGUUUAGGUUGGUAGAGUCCCUUAGCUAGUUGGUGGACUUGGUUAUGUUUGUUGAAGCUUUUAGGGUUUUUUAGAAACUGAUCAUGGUUAUUGCUGUUUUAAUUACUAUUAAUUACUAUCAUUCUGUUUUGGUUUAACUUGUUUUCUUCUUAUUUGUUUCCUUCCCCUGUGAUUAAUUUAUGAUAAUGACAAUGGCUUUGAUUA